AUGCCAUACUUGAACACCGAGCGCCUUGUCCUACACAACUUUUUCUACCGCGUUUCAGGGACAAACCCUAUUCCGAAGCUUCAGUCCAAUGUCAAAGUAACAAUCAUCCUGGUAAUGACUAACACACAAUUUGAGGACAUUCUGAACUGGAAAGAAGAGUGUUCUCGUGUAGUGAAAACUGGUGGACAUGGAUCAGUUCGAGAUGAUGGUUCUGACUCCAGUGUUUUCCAAUUGGCCACUAUGCUGAAAUCAAAGUGUGUUACAAGACGAAAAAGGGGCUCUUCAAGUCCUUCAAGCUCAAGGGCAUCCGCAUCAACUCUAAGUUGUCAAAUCACACCUGCAGAGCAUCGUCGUUCUCUAUCACACAUCUGCAAGCCAUCUACAACAACAAGCUUUUUUGGUUCCAUUGUACCGCCCGCUGCCGGUAAUCAAUCCACGUCUCUCACUCUUGCACAGUCCAACAUUGCUGACUCUGGGAGUCCGUUCAAUAAUGACGCAAACCUAUCCAACGAUUCCAACUUUGACCUACCAGAUCGUAACCUUCUACAUCUUGUUAUGAAAGCUCAGGAGGUUAAUGACGAUGCCGCUGUCUAUACUAUCGUCCCCGUGCCAUCAAUGCCUUUCCUGGAACUGCUUCAAGCACAGAAAUCUUUCAAAGUUGGCCGUAAAGACGAGUAUACCUCUGUCUUGCUGACUGUGGAUCGUUCAACAAAGUCAAUGGUAGCGCCAGCGGGGACUUUUAAGACUUGUCAUCCCACGUCUAUUUCCCGCACUGCUGAUUCACUCACAACUAACGUCAACAAUAUUCCACUGUUACAAGCCAAAGCAAUUGUUGCGAAGCAAUGUUUUUACAGAGAAGUUGCCUCAAAUAAUUCAGCAUUGGGGAGAAGACAUUUAGCCCUUAGUGAUGAACUGGAAAAAUCCUUGGUCGAGUGCAACUGUCUUUACUGGGCAACAAGUCUUAUGGACUACACCUACAGCUUCAUCAACAAUGUACUCGCCCACCAAGAUUCAAACCCAGAAGCCCCGCCUAUCCCUCGCCUUCACGUUGUUCGUUGUGGUCUCGCUCUUCCCCGUUCAUCUUCGGAUCCGAAUACUGCAACCUUCAUUAUUGAGGAAAGGAUCUUUGGGAAAUUUGUGAAGUAUAUCAACAACAAUUGCGCGACUCCUCGGCAUGGCCUCUUGGAAGAAGAACAUUUGAUUGCCACAUUCCUCUGCUGUGUGCAACAUAUUCAGUAUAUGGUGUCAUUGGGCCUGGUUUUCCUCUCAGAUUUUCAAGGUGCUGGUUCCUUUUUAACAGACUGUCAAAGUGUGCUGCGAGUUUUGGCGAUGGAUACUCUAGAAAAUUUUCCUACUCUACACAAAUGUAAUAGGUUUUGUGCUUUCCUCGGUUUGAAGCCGCUGCUGCACGAUGACUCGCCCUAUUCUGUUGGUACUUCUUUCGCAGCUGCCUCUCUCUUGUAA